AUGUGACGCCAGGAACUUCCGGGAAGUAUCGGAACUUCCGCUGUCGCGACUCUCAUUAAACGGCUCUGGACGAUCAGACGUUUCUCCGUCAUUCCGAUCAGCUGUGCGGGAGAACCGGGCGCCACACGACCGUCGUGCACGUUCGAACAACAGACAUGGGCCGUCUCCCGAUCCGCCGCCUUCGUUGUCUCCUGCUGAUGGUGGCGUUGGCCUGUCGGUGUCCUGCAGCCAGUGGCCUGUUUGAUUGGCUGCGGCGGACGGAGGCUCCACCCGCUUCUCCUCCUCCUCCUCCUCCAGCAGCAGCUGACGUCGCUCCGGCGCUUCUCGCAAAGGACGCUCGGUUUGAAAUGGCCACGGUGGACGAGAAGUUUCUGGCCGAGGCGAAGCAGAUGGAGCUGAGCCCGUUGGACGGAUGUCACCACAAGGUGGUCGCCCGGCUGCGGGCGAGCUGCGACAGCCUCUCGGAGGAGCAGCUCGCGAAGCUCGGCGCGGAACUGUUCAACUGCCAGGCGGAGAGCGAGGGCCGUGGGACCUUCCCCUGCACAGACCAAAUGUCUUUGAAGGAGUGCACGGCGGACAUGGACUCGGACACGUGGAACGCCUACCACAUAGUGAGCAACCGGGCGCGCUCCGUCUGCUACGCGACUCGCCAGCAGCUGUUCCGGCGCCGGGCCGAGCUCACGGUCAACGCUCUGAUCUCCACCGCCACCAGCCAGCUGGACGCCAUGAAGGACCUGAAGGACGGCCAGCUGGAGUUGCGGGAGCUGACGGCCGCCUCCCUGGACAAGCUGCUGGACGGCCACAGCGCGCUGCAGAGCCAGCAGGGGCGGCUGUCCGAAGGCCAGGGGCAAAUGGAGAGCUCGCUGAAGAACAACCUGGAGCGUCUGGGUCAGGAGAAGGCCCUCAUCGCCUCCGGACAGGAGCUGGUGGCGCGGCUCAUUCAGGGCAUCACAAAGAGAAUGGAGAACGUGAGCGAGCAUCUGCAGGUCCACGGCUCGGAGGUGCAGGACGGCCACAGGGCCAUCGUCAAGGACCUCGCUGACGUCCGACACCAAGCUCAAGACAUCUACCAGAAGAUAGACCACAGCAUGUCGGAGUUCCUGCAGUACCAGGACCAGACGUCGCAGUACUACGCCGACCUGAUGGACAAGCUGGAGCGCAUGAACAGCACGCUGGGGUUCAUGCUGCACUACAUGGACGACAUGCAGCGCCGCAUAGGGGAGAGACUCCACGUGAUCCAGGGCUACCUGGGCUGGGCAGGUUUGAGCCUGACGGCCAUGUGGACGUGCGUCGCGCACGCCACCUACUUCGUGCUGUGCGCGGUGCUGCUGACGUUCCUGCGUUGUCCCGGUUUCUCCCGAGCGGUGCUGCUGCUCACCGUGCCGCUCAACGCGGCGGCCGAGCUCCACCAGCAGCCGGCGCUGGAUCUCCGCGGCCUCAGCCUGCUGCUGCUCGCGCUCUCUCUGGGUCACUGGUUCGUCAAUCGGCUGUGGGCGUGUUUCCGUCUCGGAGGCAAGCCGGCGGCCCCGCUGCCGCUGGCCCCGUGUGCUGCAGCGGAGCCGCAGAGGCACCAAGUUCCAUCCUGCCGCUCGUAUCCACCGUCCUCCACUCCGCAGAAAGAUGAAACGGACGAGCUCGUGGAGCGCGACGACAGCUUCCUGUCAGGAAACCUCGGCAUGUCCGCAGUGUCUCCUCCUCCUCGUCACAGGAAGCCGAUGCCGGAGUCCAGGUUUGUGCCGAUAAUCGGCGGAUCCGACAACCAGUCGACUCCGAGACUCUCGUCGCGGCUCCAGUCAACAGCGCCUCCGAUUGACAACAUACCUCCGAGGAACUUGGGGGGAAUCUUUGACGCUGUGAACGACUCGCGCGAUUUCGCGAAUGACUCCCGGAGCGCGAGUCCGACCCCGUCGCUCGUCAGCAACAGCUCUGUGUCGGGCCGUCAGCUGUGCAAUGGAAUCACCAAGACGGGGAAGGCCUGUAAGAAGAGAGCCGUGCUGGGACAGGAGUACUGCCGAGUCCACGAAGGAGGACACGCCUCCUACGUUCACUCCUGAACACGUUCCGACCGUUCCACUGUCUGUGGUCGAGGGGAGUGAAGCGUCACUGGCCUUAGGUUCAGUCCUUCAGCUUUGCGUUAAAAAAUGUGCUUUCAUAUUUUUAUUUUCAUGUUGUAGUCUUUUUAAAUGUACAUUUUUAAGCGAAUAAAUUAUUUCUUCACCUGUGAA